AUGCAGAAGAGGAUUAUUAGCUUCCAGCCAGUAACAGAUCAUAAAGGAGAAACGAUAGCUGAGCAUCUGAGUCAAUGUCUUGAGGAUUGGGGAAUCAAGAAAGUGUUCACGGUGACAGUAGCAACACCAAGGGGAAUGAUAAGGCACUACAACUUGAGGGAUGGUUUAGCUGAGGUAAAAGAGAGUUUGGUGGCUAUCAGAAAUGCCGUUAAGUAUGUAAGAUCAUCCGGUCCACGGCUACAAUCGUUUCAGUUGAGGGUCCUCACAGGAAAAGUUAGUAGAGGAAGCUUGUCUUUGGACUGUACUACGAGGUGGAACUCAACAUAUCUGAUGCUGUGUGCUGCGUUGAAGUUUAGGGUUGCGUUUGAGAAGCUGCUAGCAGAAGAUAUGUUGUACAACGAUUACUUCAACGAAGCUGAAGAGACUGGAUUUAAGAGGGUUGGACCUCCAACUUCUCACGGGUGGGAUGAAGUCCAGAGUUUGAGCAACAGCAGAGAUGGACUUCUUCAGAUUCAAGCAAGGGAGAUGAGGAACAAGUUUGAGAAAUAUUGGGAUGGUCUUAUCAUCAUUGCAAGCGUGUUUGAUCCAAGAAACAAGAUGCAGUUUGCUUGCAUUUGCUUUGACAAGCUCUAUGGUAAGAAAAGUGUCGAGAGUAGCCAUCUUAGAAGCUCAAUUAGGACUUUGCUGAAAGAUCUGUAUGAGGAGUAUGCAGUGAAGAUGCGCCCACAACCUCAUGGAGAUAGUGGUGGUAACACUAGUGAGAAUGUCGAACAUGAGGCUUGUAACUUGUUCGACAUUUCUGAUGAUGAUGAAGAGUAUGAGGGGAAGGAUUCUUUGUACUCAGAGAUGGAGUCCGAGGUUGCAAAUGAUGAAGGCAGUAGCGAGCUUGAUAUUUACCUGAUGGAAAGACCAGUGCCACGAACCACAAACAGGAUGGGAAGGGAAUUUGAUGUUUUGUCAUGGUGGAGUCGUAAUUCUGCUAAGUAUCCAGUUCUAUCAGAUAUGGUGAAGGAUGUUAUAGCUAUCCAGGUCUCUUCUGUUGCUUCCGAGUCGGCAUUUAGUACUAGUGGAAGUUUUUUAGAUCCAUAUCGAAGCUGCCUAACACCCUACAUGAUCGAAGCACUCAGAGUCUGGAACUACCAAGACAAGCUGAGAACUAGAGGUUGGACCGUUGAAGUGUGA